AUGGGUGUCACCGGACUCUGGACCAUCGUCAAGCCGUGCGCCCGCCCCGUCAAGCUCGAGACUCUGAACCGAAAACGGCUCGCCGUCGACGCGUCGAUAUGGAUCUAUCAGUUCCUGAAAGCCGUGCGUGACAAAGAGGGCAACGCCCUGCGCAACGCGCACGUCGUCGGCUUCUUCCGCCGCAUCUGCAAGCUGCUCUACUUCGGCAUCAAACCCGUGUUCGUCUUCGAUGGCGGCGCGCCGGUGCUCAAACGACAGACCAUCGCCGCAAGAAAGAAGCGGCGAGAGGGUCGUCGCGAGGAUGCCGUCCGGACGGCGGGCAAGUUGCUCGCCGUUCAGAUGCAGCGGAGGGCAGAGGAGGAACAGGCGAAGCGUAAAGUCCCGUCGCGGCCUCAGGACGAAGAGGAGGAAGUCUCUGAUAAUCCGAGAUACGUGGAGGAGAUUUUCAUGACGGAGAAGGAGAAGCAGCAGAACCGCAAGUUCCGGAGGCAGGAUGCCUAUCACCUUCCAGACCUCGACGUGUCGCUGGAGCAGAUGGGUGCUCCAGAUGACCCGCGGAUCAUGUCGCAGGAGGAGCUGGAGGAAUACGCACGGCAGUUUCAUUCCGGCGAGGACAUCAAUCUCUACGACUUCUCCAAGAUCGACUUCGACAGUCCGUUCUUCCAGAGCCUGCCUGCAGCCGAUCGGUACAACAUACUGAAUGCGGCCCGACUGCGCAGUCGUCUACGAAUGGGCUAUUCGAAAGAACAGCUUGAUGCGAUGUUUCCCGACCGCAUGGCAUUUUCGAAAUUCCAGAUCGAACGAGUCAAAGAGCGCAAUGACCUGACGCAGCGAUUGAUGAACAUUAAUGGCAUGAACGGGGAAGACGCGGUGUCGGGGCAACGGAUCGCCGGAGAACGAGGGAAAGAAUACGUGCUGGUUAAGAAUCCGGACGUCGAGGGUGGCUGGGCCCUCGGCGUAGUGGGGAACAAGAAUUCCGGCGCGAGAGACAAGCCCAUCGACGUCGACCAGUACGGUCAGCAAGAGGUCUUUCCUGAAAAGGAUGACGAGGACGACGAAGAGGCGUUUGAAGAUGUUCCUAUUGAAGGACUGAACAGGCUUCCUAAGCUUCCCUUCUUACAAAAAGGAGUCUUCGACGAGUCUAUCCAACGCCAGAUCCAGGAGAUGGAAGACAAGAAAAAGGCAGUGCACACGGACGCGCCUGUUUCUAGGGAAAAGGAGGUCGAUAAGCUGUUUGAGGCAGACGGGGACAGCGAAGACGAGGAUCUUCGUAAGGCUAUCGAGAUGUCGCUGGAAUCUGCAAAGGAUGAGGACGUAUUUGAGGAUGCAUCGCCUAAAGAUGCUGCUCAGCCGCAACCGAAACCGCAGGAGACGACUCCAGCGGAAAGCGAUGAUGACAUGGAUUUCGCCGCAGCUUUGGCAAAAUCAAAGAAAGCGUCUACGGGACCAAAGCCCAAGUCCAUGGCUCCCAAUAUCGGAGCAGAACAUGCAUUCAGUGGGCCCCUCCCGUUCGAAUCUCUUAAGAAGAUCAGUACUUCUUCAAAGGACGAUAAGCCCCAAGAGGCCAAUCUAGACGAGGACGCAGGCGGGUUUGAAAGACAAUCCGAUACAAAACAAGAGGACAACACAAAACAAGAGAAGAAGAAGAAAGCUGCACCCUUGCCUCCAUGGUUUGCUGGAGGCGAAGGGACGAAGAAAGACUUUAUCGUCGAUGACACGCCUGACGACUCUCUACGGACCUAUCGCGACGCGGUGAUGAGCCCAAACCAUACCUUCUUGAGAGAGCACCGAUCUCCUGAAGUCAUCGAUGUCGAUAAGAUUCCGGAUUCGAAAGAGGUCAUCGACCUGGUGGGUGAUGAGGAUGCUGAAGCUAAGCCCGAGAAGCAGCCCGCUGAGAAGCAGCUCGCUGAUGAGCCGCCCCGCACGGACGAUCCUCCAGUUUCCUUCGUGUCGGAUAAGAAACAAGAGGAUAAUACUGAAACUGCCGUGCCUACGAAGGAUGCAUCUGAAGACGAACAACCCUACGAGUGGGAACCCACAGACGAUGAAGGCGGCGCUACAAAAACUGCGGCGGAAGAGAAGGCUUCGGCCGUUCGGGAAGAGAAAUCGCCAUGCCCCAACUUUGAAGAUGUGCAGAUCUCUGCGGGGACAGAGCCGGCCACAAACGCUGAAAAUAAUAUCCCACCAGAGCCUGAAUCUGAAAUGUCGCCCGUGAUAGAUCAGGGGGAUACGUUUGUGGAUGACAAAGCUGACUAUUCGGACCCAGAAGAUGAAGAGCUCAUGCAGCAGCUGGCAGCAGAGGCUGAAGAGCAUGCUCGCUUCGCCUCGACGCUCAACCAGAAAACACCGGCUGAGAAUGCGUUCGACUAUGAGCAGGAGCUGAAACAGCUGCGGGCGCAGCAAAAGAAGGAUCGUCGAGACGCCGACGAGGUCUCGAAGAUCAUGGUCACUGAAUGUCAGCAGCUGCUGCGACUCUUUGGGCUGCCAUACAUCACUGCCCCCAUGGAGGCAGAGGCACAAUGCGCGGAACUGGUCUCGCUGGGCCUCGUCGACGGGAUUGUCACGGAUGACAGUGACAUCUUCCUGUUUGGCGGUACGCGGGUGUACAAGAACAUGUUCAACCAGAGCAAAUACGUCGAGUGCUAUCUCGCCCAGGAUCUGGAGAAGGAAUACGCGCUCGACCGCAAGAAGCUCAUCCAGUUCGCCCAUUUACUCGGCAGCGACUACACGGAGGGCAUCCCGGGGGUUGGACCCGUGACGGCGCUGGAGAUCGUGACCGAGUUCGGCAGCCUCGAAGAGUUCCGCGACUGGUGGACGCAGGUGCAGAGGGGGGCGGACAUCCCUAACGACCCCCAUGCGGGCUUCCGCAAGAAGUUCAAGAAGCAGGUCUCGAAGCUGUUCCUGCCACCGUCCUUUCCGGAUAGCCGGGUCGACGAGGCGUACCUGAAACCGGAGGUGGACUCGGAUCCGUCACCGUUCCAAUGGGGGGUGCCUGAUCUGAACGGGCUGCGGAGCUUCCUGAUGUCGACGGUGGGCUGGAGCCAGGAGCGGACGGACGAGGUGCUGGUGCCGGUCAUCCGCGACAUGAACCGGCGGGAGCAGGAGGGCACGCAGUCCAACAUCACGCAUUUCCUCAGCGGCUCCCAGGGAGCAGGGGCGUUUGCGCCGCGCGUGCGCUCCGAAGGCUCCAGCCGGAUGGAAAAGGCGUUUGGUCGAUUGCGGGCGGAGGCUGAGUCGCGCAAGCGAGCGUCGCGAGGCAGCCUGGAGGCGUCUGAAGCGGAAGCUGUCGACGAAGACCAGCCGGAGUCAGGUUCAAGCAAGAAACGGAGGAAACGGGCGACUCGGAGGGGAUGA